AAAAUCCUGACUUACAGAUUUAGGAUUGCAAGAUGAUCUUCGAGAUAACUGUCGUGGUUGCUGUUUUGUUAGUGUGGCUAUCGUGGUUUAUCUUAUCGACAAGUUAUGAACGGAAAGGAAUGCCUCCUGGGCCAUACCCUUUACCUUUCAUUGGAAACGUCCACCAACUUGGCCAAGAUCCACCCUUUACUUUAGAAAAUCUACGUGAAAAGUACGGGGAUGUAUACACAUUCUCAACCCCAGUAGGUAAUUUUGUUGUUGUUAACAGUGGAAAAUUAGCAAAGGAUUUACUUGUCAUGAAGAAAGAUGACUUUGCUGGUCGUCCAAAAGCUUCGUUUUUCCCAAUGACAGAAGUGUUUAUGAACAAGGAUAUCCCAUCAUCUGACUACUCUCCGUCACUUAUCUUCCGCCGAAAAAUAGUCAAAUCUGCACUGAGAUUGUUUGGGGAAGGCACAAAAGUUACAGAAGAAAGAGUUGUAAGAGAUAUCGAGAGUUUCUUACAAAGGAUUGAAGAAACAAAUGAGCAAGCAUUUUCAAUUCAUGAUCAUAUAAGUGCAUUAAUAAUCAAUAUGUUAUGCGAACGUGUCCUUUCAACACGAUAUUCUGUGGAUGAUAUCAUUAUCAAGAAACUGGCUAAUUUUGGACGCAACAUUCUUUUUCUCGGAAAACAAGGGUCAAUUUUUCAAUUCUUUCCUUUUCUCAAAUAUUUUUCAAGAGAUUUUAUGAGCACGUUUAAAGACGUUAUACAAACGAGAGAUGAAUUUUUUGGAAGCCAUCUUGAAAGCCAUCGUCAAACGUAUGAAAAAGGAAUAAUAAGAGACAUUACAGAUGCUCUUCUUCUUGCGUAUGAUAAUGAAAGAGAUAAACAUCAUGGUAAAGAUAUAGGCACAAGCGAUGAUGUAAUGUUCUUAAUGUUGAAUAUAAUAUUAGCAGGAACCGACACAAGUACGACCGUUCUUACGUGGUUCAUGUUAUAUAUGAUUGUACACAGGAAUGUCCAAGAAAAAAUACAAGACGAAAUUGACAAUGCUACACCGAAAGGUUCAUCACCAAACUGGCGCGAUUCAGAGAGUUAUCCGUAUCUCUUAGCGACAAUGUGUGAAGUUAUGCGUCAUUCGGCGUUUGUUCCAUUUCUUCCACCCCAUAAAGCAAUUCGUGAUACAACAAUCGCCGGAUUUCGUAUUCCGAAGGAUACAGCUGUUCUUGUGAAUCUGUGGCGGAUACACAGGGAUCCGAACGAGUGGGAAGAUAGCGAGAUGUUUAAACCAGAAAGGUUUCUAGAUGAGAAUUGUAAAUUUAUAGGAUGGGAAGCACGUUCUGAUUUCCUGCCGUUUGGUGCAGGUCCAAGGAUAUGUAUUGGGAUUGCGAUGGCGAAACAAGAAAUAUUCACUGUCGCCGGAAAACUUCUCCAAAGGUUUACACUUCACGUCCCAGAAAAUGAGCCUAUACCAAGUUUAAAGGGCGAGGCAAACGCAAUCCGCUGCCCUAAACAUUACACACUGGUUGCUAAGAAACGAUACUAACUAUAGAACAAAU